UCCAGACUGGAUGCCAGGACCUGGAAGCAGCCAGAGGUUCUGCCAAGUGUGAGAUGAGGAACUGAUGACUUCGUGGCUUUGAAGAGAAGGAGGAAGUGGAACUUACAGAGGGCUCCACUGUCCAGGGGUGGUUACAAAUAAAUGUGACGAAUGGAUGCCAAGUUCCAGAGCACUUGUGAGAAUGUCUCAUCCUGCUAACUCAUCCUCUUUACAGGUCAUCUUUCUAUUGCUAUUCUUAUACUGUGCCAUUCUCAGCUGGGGACUGCCAACUGCUCCGGAGUAUUUGCAACGUGGCUGGCAGAGGCUGUUGGAGGAAGGGGAGAGUUGUCUGGAAUGUAGGUUGGAAGAAUGUCCCACACCACGUGGCUGCCUGGCUGGGGUGGUAAGAGAUGCCUGUGACUGCUGUUGGGAGUGUGCCAAUCUAGAGGGACAGAUCUGUGACUUGGACAAUACUAACCACUUCUAUGGAAAGUGUGGUGAUCACUUAGAGUGCCGCCUUGAUGCGGGGGACUUACAACAUGGUGAAGUACCUGAGCCCCAAUGCACUUGCCUAUCCAGCCAGGCUCUCUGUGGCUCCGAUGGCAAAACCUAUGCCCAGAUCUGCAAGUUCCAAGAGAUGCAAAACUCCCAUCCAGGGGCUAAUCUCACCGUGGCCCAUGAAGGACCCUGUGAGUCAGAGCCCCACAUCAUAUCUCCUCCCUAUGACAUCUGGAACAUCACUGGGCAAGAUGUGAUCUUUGGCUGUGAGGUCUUUGCCUACCCCAUGGCAGCUAUAGAAUGGAGGAAGGAAGGGCUGGAUAUGCUGCUUCCUGGAGAUGACCCCCACAUCUCUGUUCAGUUUAGGGGAGGCCCUCAGAAAUAUGAAGUGACCAGUUGGCUCCAGAUCCAAGCUGUGCGGGUGACGGAUGAAGGAACCUACCACUGCUUCGCAAAGAACAAGGUUGGGCAAGUAGCAGCUCUUGCCAACCUCAUGGUUAUUACUCCGGAUCAGCUCAACUUGACUGAAAUGGCCUUGCCCAAGGUACCCUACCUGAGACAGGAUGAUGAUGUGGAAAGUGACGAGUCAGAUGACUAUUACUGAUGGAGCAUAGAUGGAGCAGAAUGUGGGAAUGCGCGUGCACUUCUCUCCCACUUAAACAUUUGCUUCCUACCUUACUGCAGCUCCAGACUUCCAGGAUGACCAGGACUGAAUCUUUGUGCUGAUUCAAGGAAGCUGGCUAAAGAUAUUCUGUGAACAGUUUUUAUAUCAGUUCACAUUGGGUGGGAAAGGUAGAUGUACUUAAUAAUUUGACACCACCUCUGGUGGAGAAACAAGUGGGAGGGGGGAAUGGUUGCAUUUAGCUUAUCCUAGAGCAAGUGGGCAUUAAAAGGUGAGGGAGAAAAACAGAACUGUCCUGUGCUAGUGGAUAAAACCAUUGACCAAACAAUGUCUUCUUUUUUUAAAAAAAACUUUUUUCCCACUGUGUGUUGUUUGAAAAGCCCCUCGCAAAGUCUCAUUAGAAACCAUGGUGGAAUUCCAGAGGGUUUAUGCAUGUCAGGUUGGACCUUCACAACACUGACUUUCAA